CCUUUCCCCUCCUUGGCAUGCUGGGGCGGCGGCGGGAUGGCCUCGGCCGUGUUUGAGGGCACCUCGCUGGUGAACAUGUACGUGAGGGGCUGCUGGGUGAACGGCAUCCGGCGGCUGAUCAUCAACCGGCGCGGCGACGAGGAGGAGUUCUUCGAGAUCCGCACCGAGUGGUCCGACCGCAAUGUCCUCUACUUGCACCGCAGCUACUCCGACCUGGGCCGCCUCUUCAAGCGCCUCCUCGACUCCUUCCCCGAGGACCGGCCCGAGCUGUCACAGUCGCCCCUGCUGCAAGGAUUAAUUACAAUUAAAGAGUCUCAAGACAUAGAAGCCAGGCUUAAUGAAGUGGAGAAGCUGCUCAAGAACAUCAUAAAUAUGCCUUGGAAGUACUCCAGGUCUGAAGUUGUCCUCACCUUCUUCGAAAGAUCUCCUUUAGACCAGGUGUUGAAAAAUGACAAUGUCCAUAAAAUUCAACCAACUUUUCAAAGUCCAGUUAAAAUAUCAGAAAUCAUGCGCUCUAAUGGGUUUUGUUUAGCCAAUACAGAAACAAUAGUUAUUGAUCACAGUAUACCAAACGGAAAAGACAAACACUUGGAUGUAGAUUCUGCAGAACACUUGUUUGAGAACGUUAGUGACCUCACCUCAGAACUAGAGGACAGUGAUGACCCAGCAGCUUAUGUCACCAACUUGUCAUACUACCACCUUGUUCCAUUUGAGACAGAUAUUUUGGACUGAGACUGUCAAUGAACUUCAUGACUGAUGACUUAUUCACAACAUCCACUGCCACAUAGCUUUGCAUUAUACAUGCCAAAGCUGUGUGAUGAACAGCAGAGCUAGCUAUAAAUACUUGUCCAGAAGCUUAUAGCUGCUUGGUUCUUCACUGUGGCUUCUGGAGGCACCUUGAAAAGAUAACGUUCUUUCCUGAACAGCUGAGAGACCAUUCAUAUUGCCAAAGGAAUGAAGCAAGAAAAGACAUUAUGCAGCCAAGUCAGCAGGGGCCUCUCUAUGCUGACAAAUACAAGUUGUUGGCGCGAAAUAUUAUGGUGCACUUUCUUUCUGAUUUAGGGUCAAACUUGGGAAGAUCAUUCAAACUACUUUUUUCCUCAGACUUUCUCAAUGUGAUAAUAUUUUAAACAUUUUUGUUGGAAAGUCACCUUUGUUUAGACACCAGCUUUUUCAGUUCCUCCGAGAGACCCCUUAUAACAGGUGUCAUCGUGAUAUUUUUCACUGAGAGAUGCCAGAUUAACCAAUGCCUUAUGUCAUGUGUGCCUACAGCAAAAACGCACAUUAACGGAUUGCUUAAUUUAUUCUAGGCCUGGAGUUGUUUUAUUGACUCUUCUGAGGGCCUUUCUCACUUGAAAUACUAUUAUUGUUAUUAACGGAGGAAACAUCGCAGACCAGAGCAGAAUCCCAUAAUUUUAGUUACUUCAUCGACUUCUAGAAAGCUGAGAAGGGGUUUUUCCCUCUCUCACAAACCAGAAAAUGUGAGGAAUUCUGAGUACUACAGUGUUUACACAAGAGAGGUGGAGCUUAGUUGUCUAAGAGCUGGAGUUUAUGUUCACCACAAAGAUGCCACCAAAAAUGGCUUUCCAUUAGAGAGUGAUCUCCAUCUGUCUCCUGUCCUAAUGAAUUAGAAAUACAUAGGAACUUGGAGCAAGUGCAUGGAGACUCAUGGCAUCAUGGUGCUAAACCCUACAAUAGGUUGUUCUGUAAAAUUGUAAGUUGGAUAGGAAUCAUGUACCAGUGGGAGAUUAUGUGCAGUGACAAGCCAAUGUGAGCAGUUUGGUGUAGUGGUUAGGAGUGUGGACUCUAAUCCGGGAGAUCCGGGUUUGAUUUCCCACUCUUCCACAUGCAGCUGCUCUCAGAGCUGUUCUCUCAAGAGCAGUUCUUGAAGAGCUAUCUCAGCCCCACCUACCUCAUAGGGUGUCUGUUGUGGGUAGAGAAAGGGAAGGAGAUUGUAAGCUACUCUGAGACUCCAAGGGCAGGGCAGGGUAGAUAUCCAGUCUCUUCCUCCCCCUCCCUAGGAUAAAUCUGUCCCUGAUCUUGCAUAAAGGUGGUUUUAUGACAAUAUAAAUCAAUAUUAGUUUUACAAUCAUAGUGGCCCUAAGAAGCAGGGAAGCCACGAUUGUCCCCUAUUAUCCCCCCUGCACAUCCUACCUCUCCAGUAACAAGGUGGUCCAAGUAUCCUGUGGGUAUUUUGCCAAUCUCCAGGGCUGUGUGUGUGUGUGUGUGUGUGUGAUCUCCUGGAAUUACAACUAAUAUCCAGACAAGAAGGAUCCAUUCCCCUUGAGGAAAUGGCUGUUUUGGAGGAUGGACUCUGUGGCAUUAUACCCUGAUGAAAUACCACCCCUCCCCUAACCCUGCCCUCCACCCUCAAAAUCUUCAGCUGUUUCCCAACCCAGAGCUGGCAAUACUAUCCAUGAGGGAUGGAUGUUCCUUCAGUCUCUGCCCUUAAGAAAUGGUUUCACUUUCCCACCUUGCUUCUCAUCCUCUCUCCCUUGCAUUCAAAGAUUCCAACCUGACUGAAAGAGAUCCUCCUGUUUCUUCAUUAGCUUUGGAGCAUGUAGCUGUUUGGAGUGGUCUGGCUUCAUAGCAGUUUGGGGUGGUCUUGCUUCGUCCAGUAAUAUGCUGCAGAAACUCAAAAUUUAUCUGCACUUCUAUUAAAGUACAAGAAGAGCGCCUACGAAGAUGCCUACCACUGUUAAAUGUUCCUUGAUAAAUGGGAAGAAAAAAACGUUGGGUCUUGUACUCCCAUUAUGGAAAGGGGAGACAGUUGAGGCUUCCAGAUAUGAGACAGGGAUGAAGAGAGAAUCAGGGAUGGCCAAACUUGCUUAAUGUAAGAGCCACCUAGAAUAAAUGUCAGAUGUCAUUUAAUGUCAGAGAGCCACAAGGCAGGAAGGAAAAUAGAUGGGGGAGGGAAGUAGAGGUUGAAAUAAAGCAACUUUAAAUGCAUUCUCCAAACCAGCCGACCAGGUGGUGGGGGCUUCAAGAGCCACACAAUAUUUGUGAAAGAGCCACACGUUCCUCCCGAGCCGUAGUUUGGCCACCCCUGGGCUAUGUGAAAGUGGGGUAGUUUGCGUGUGGUGUCCAUUAGAUACUUGAUGCAGCACUUAAUGCCUGAAUGGUGUUAUGUUAACUGUUCUUGGCACAAGUUGACUGGUCUGCAAAACACCUGUUGCCACCACUCAGAUCACACUAUGAUAACUUCAUCUGGUUUAAUAGUCAUUCCCUCUGUCCAGAGAUCCUGGGAACUGUUAUUUCUGCAAUCAGGGCUUUCUUAAACCAGCAUUCUCAAUACUCUCACCAAGUUACAGAUUUAUAAGCAUAGACAUGGUUUGCUGUUAAAAUGCCAGAAUUCAUGUACAGGAUUUGAAAAGGGGGGGGAAAGCACAUUCCAAGUUACUUGUCUUGGGGGUUUGUUUUGUUUUCUUUUAAUUUUUUAGCCCAGAGGACUAUGGUACAUCUCCUGUGAACCUUUCAGUGUUCUUAUGUAUAAUAAUUGUAAAACAAAAUUUGCUAAUGUAAAUAAUAAUAAAUUAUUGAGAACCCUAAUUCUUUUGCAGGAUACAUUUUCUGAUAUAUUUUAAUGAAAUAAAAUAUUAUUCCCCUGAAAUGUAA